AUGGAUCAGCCAUCGUCCGCACCCGUCACUCCAGAGACCGAGAAGACUACGAUGGAUGAGCUCGAAAACACCAUCAAGAUUCAGCAAGAGCUCAUCAAAACCAUCCGAGACAACCUGCUGGAGUACUAUCAAUCCCUCAAAGACGUCAAGGAGCAUGUUUUGAAACAGGAUACCGAGUACCUGAAGGGAUGGGAGGCACGCAAUGCCAUGUUCCAGCCUCCCAAAUAUCGUCAGCAGGUGUGCUUACCCGGCAAGGAAGCCAUCUGCGUCAAUGAAUCCAAAAAUGACGACGUCAAUGCAGAGAGCUUUCGGAUACUCGGGAAACUGGGAGUUGAUGCUAGCCAUAUCAUCAACCACUGCAACCCGACCACCGAUAAGGAGCGCAUCGCUCUCGACAGACUCCGGGCUCGGUUUAGCCCGACAAGGAUGCAGGAGACGCGGAAUGCCGAGUUCACGUCGUAUACGGUGAACAAGGGCACGCUGAUCUCCAUGUGCAUUCGCGAUCGCCAGACCGGGGAAGUGAUACCCCCGAAUCUGCUAAUGUACGUCAUGCUCCACGAGCUGGCCCAUGUGGCAAGUGCUUCCGAGGGUCACAACGGGGAGUUUUUGGAAAACUUCCGGUUCCUCAAGCGCGAGGCGCAUCGUCUGGCAACAACAUGUUCCGUCGACAUUUCAAAGAUUCAAGUCAUAAGCGAUGCUCUUACUGAGAUGAUAACUGGAAUCCAGGGUUAUGAGGACAACUGGACCGCAAGAAAUACCAUGUUCACGUCUGGGGCACGAAACUGA